UUUGACGUUUUGUAAAAAAAAGUGUUCAAAAAGUACAAAAAUAUAUUUUUUGUUUUGUUUAUUUCUUCAAAUAAAUUAUUUAAAAACCACAUUUUUUUGUUAAAUAAAAAUAAUAAAUUUAUUUACCCUCGAAAGAUAUGUCAGCACGAAGAUGAGUGAACAAGAAGUAACUAACGAUAUUGAAUCCGAAACUACAUCAGUAGAUUCUGUAGAAAUUGACGAAGUUGAAAAAGCUUCUCCGGAAAAUAUUCAAAAAGAUGGUACCAUUACUGUUUCUUCCGAGAAAAAUCAAAAUCCUUCCUCACAAACAAUAGACGAUAGUCUAUCGAAAACGCCUGAAACUGAAACUUCUUCAAAAACUGAAGAGUCUCUAAUUAAAAGUUCUGAGAAAAAUCCAGAAGCUACCGAAUUAGAACCAAGUAACCCCUUGACCUCUAUCGACCAUGCAAGUGCAUCGAAGGAAAAGGACGAAGAAAAUCCUUCAUCCAAAAUUGCCAUUAAAACGCACACGACAGCUCCUGGUCAAGGUUUGUUGCCAAAAACAAAAAUUCCAAAAACCACUACCUACCCAAAAAUCAAAGUACUCAUAAGCUCAAUAGACAAAUUUGUCGAUUCUGCGAAAGAAUUAGCCAAGGACUCUUCAAAAGAUUCAGUUGAAAACGAAAAACCCGAUGAUGAUGAUGCUCCUACUGCAAUAUCCCAAUUCCAACAACAAGAAAUUAAAAGCUCUUCUAAUGAAGCUGAAAAAACAACCCAAUCAGACGAGCAAUAUGCCGACCAUGUAACGUACACCGAAGAUGGCACAGCCAUCUAUGUCGAUCCGAAAACUCAGCACAAAUAUAAAUGGUGUCCAGCAAAAAACGAUUGGAUCGCUUUCGAUGGUGAAACUACAAAUCCUACUGCCAACGACGACGAGAACGAGGAGACCAACAAGAAAACAAAUCCCUAUGAAAAUGAACAUUACCGUUGGUGCAGUGAAACAAAUCAAUGGAUUCCGAAAAACACCUCCACCUCAUCCUCAUCUAGUCUAACUGAAACCGAACACUAUCGCUGGGAUGCGGAGAAGAACGAAUGGAUUAUGAAGAACCAGGUACCGUCGCUGGAUGAUGUAACCUAUGGCUAUGAGGAUGGAGUGCGAAUAUACACGGACAAAGAUGGAAUGGUAUUCUUUUGGGAUGAAGACAAAAAAGCAUGGUUUCCGAAAAUCGAUGAUGAUUUCUUGGCGAAAUAUCAGAUGAGCUACGGAUUUAUUGAUAAUACUUCAGCACCUGCAUCUGAUUCUGUGGAUGCUGAAAAGGUGAGGAAAGAAGAGGAGGAAAUGAAAAAAAUUGAAUUGGAAAAAAUGGCAGAAGAAAUAAAAAAGAAUGAUGCUGCUGCUGUUGCUGCUGCUGGCGGUGGUGUAAAAAGAAAAGCUCCACCAGAACCACCAAAAUGGUUUGAAGUAGAUCCAACACAGAACACGAAAGUUUAUGUGUCCAAUUUGCCAUUGGACAUAACAAUGGAGGAAUUUUCAGAGAUUAUGUCCAAGUGUGGGAUGAUAAUGAAAGAUCCACAAACUCAAAAGCAAAAACUUAAAUUGUACGCUGAAAAAGAUGGUCAGUUGAAAGGAGAUGGACUGUGUGAUUAUAUUAAGGUAGAAUCAGUAGAUUUAGCUUUGAAUCUGUUGGAUGAGAGCAUAGUUCGAGGAAAUAAAAUCAAAGUACAACGUGCCAAAUUUCAAAUGCGUGGUGAAUAUAAUCCGUCUUUGAAGCCAAAGCGGAAAAAGAAGGAUAAAGAGAAGCUGAUCAAAAUGAAAGAGAAACUAUUUGACUGGCGCCCGGAAAAAAUGAGAGGAGAACGAUCGAAGCAUGAGCGAACGGUUAUCAUAAAGAACUUAUUCACCCCAGAGCUAUUCGACAAUGAAGUGCAAUUGAUAAUUGAAUAUCAAAAUGAUUUAAGAGAAGAAUGUUCGAAAUGUGGUACUGUUAGGAAAGUUGUGAUAUAUGAUAGACAUGCCGAAGGCGUUGCACAAGUCAAUAUGGCUGAUCCUGAAGAAGCUGAUUUGGUUAUUCAAAUGAUGAAUGGGCGGUUUUUUGGUCAAAGAAAGCUAAUAGCUGAGACUUGGGAUGGAAAAACAAAAUACAAGGUUGCUGAAACGGAAGAAGAAAUUCAAGCAAGAAUCAACAAGUGGGAUAAGUACUUAGAAAAGGGUGGAGUCAAGGAGGAAGAAGAAAAUGAUGAAGACGAUGAUGAGAUUUCUAAUGAAGCAAUUAAGAAUAAAAGUGAUGGAAAAGAACAAUUGAAAGUUGUACCAAUUGCGUGAAAUAUUGAACUUGUAUCUGAGAUAAAAAAAAAAACUAAAAUAAAAUGAAAAGUAAU